GCUCUUGUUAAAACUUAAAAACAUGUAAUAAAUAUGAAAGCGGCUAAAAUUACGAAUUAGGUUUUGGGAUCCAGAAAAACUUGUUUAUUUGAAAGCUGGAUUCAAUGAGUCUUUCAAAUGAGAUGGAUAUUGACAAAAAUAGUGAAGUUGAUAAAACCAGUUGCGAUGGAACAAAGAAAGCAGCAGUUCAAGCUGAACUUAACAGAGUGAAUAAACUGCCUACAAACAGUAGCUAUGCAUCUCAUCGUAUUAGAGUUCUUAACAAAGUACUGCAACUUAUGUCCAUUAAGAGAACGUCUUCACAAGACGAAGAGUUGGAGCUUCUUUUUGCAGGGCUGUCUCUUUGAGGAAGAAUUUAAGCUUGUCUAAGCACUGGUAUACAUCCUUGUACUUGUGGACUUAUCCUGCUUGAUAAUAUAGAACUCAAAACAUAAUACAAAUGAAGAAUCAUUUCCACCGGAUGCCACCAUAUUAAAAAAGUGUUGGUUAGAUACAUAAGCAGGUGAAUAGGUUCGGUAGGUUAUCUGGGAACUCGUCAUUCAGAUCUUUGUCAAAACGGAAUGCAUUUAUUUUUAUUUUGUUGCACACGGUAAAAGGGAUCCCCAACACACACUAUUGAUUAUAGAAGAAGAGGAUUCACAGUUCCCCCU